AUGCAAAUUUCUAAGACCUUCACUGCCUUGCAAACCCUGAUGCUCCACCUCUUUAGAAUUUCAAGCGAAGCUACAUCAGCCGAUGAAACGCAAGAACCACCAGUGAAGAGGCAGAAAAAAACACUCAAAAAGCCUGAACCAAUUCCCGAUCCAUACAUUGUUGAUGUGAAAAAGGUCGAUGUGACAGUAUUGGAAAGCAAUGGGAAACGAUUACGGCAAUUUAGUCGGAUCACUGUCAGCUUAAAUGAGCAGAAUGCAUUACACAACUUCUUCAACAAUUCUCAGCUGAAAAAGUAUGACCUGAUUGCGGUACGCCCUGGUUCUGAUGCGAUCCUUAACACAUUACAAAGAAAAACGGACUUCUUUGACAUUGUUACCUACGAGCAGUCAUCGAAGACUGGUUGGCUUAUGAUGUCUAAGAAAAUUGAAGCAAUCCGAGAUGAGGGUGUUGUCUUUGAGAUAAGUUAUGCAUCUGCACUCGGGGACAGUUAUGCUAGGAGAAUGAUGCUCUCAAAUGGUCGAUUUCUCAUGCAAGCUUUGAGAAGAAGAGGAAUCAUCUUUUCAUCUGGGGCCAGAGAUGUUAUUGAUCUUCGAGCACCUUAUGACGCCUUGAACAUGCUUUGUUUGAUAGGAGUUGAUUCAAAAUUUGCUCGUCCAUAUCUUUCGGACUACCCAAAAUCUGUUCUACUACGAGGCGAGUCGAAACGAUCACUCCGUGGAUGUAUUGCCGUGCACUCAGUGAAUGCCGUUCCCAGCAGCAAUUUGAUUGAAGCGGCAGCAUUGAGUCGGCUACUGAAGGUGCCCGAGUUUCGUCUACAGGUUGAACGCGUGCCCGCCACAAAGAAGGCUCAAUCAAAGGAAGAAACGGAAACGAAAUGU